AUGCCCUCAACUUGUGUUGUGCCAUUCUGUUCCGAAAGAUCUGGUGGUCAUAAGUUUCCGCGCGACAAAAUCCUCAGGGAAAAGUGGAUUCUAGCUAUUCGUCGUGUUAAUUUUCAACCUUCCGAAUACUCAAAAGUUUGUAAAAAGCAUUUUAAAAAAGAAGAUUACAGAUUGCCAAAGGAGUCUACAGUGAAAUAUCCUGCUCAUGUCUUAAAAAAAGAUGCUGUACCAUCAAAAUUUUCAUGGAAUGAGAAGAGUUUUAAAGCUCAGAAAGAGAAUAAUGGAGAGAAGAGAAUAUUAUUAGGUCAGAGAUGUUCAGUACUGCAAUGCAAGUCUGGCUCUUCGAAGAACAUCAUACUUCAUUCAUGUCCAAAUCAAGAAAGUGUUCGAAAAAAAUGGGCUGAAGUCUUUAAAGUUAACCGGGAAGUUGUUAAAAACAUGCUUAUAUGCAGCCAGCAUUUUUUAAAAACAGAUUACAUAAACUCAAAAAAUGGAGAGUGUGGAUUAUUAAAACAAAAUGCUGUGCCCUCCCAGAAACUUCCACGAUCUACCAGAAUUAUAAAUAUGAGAAAAAAAGUGUUCCAUUCUAAGAAAAAAACAUUGAUUAGACCAAAGCCACCAAAAAGGGCCGAGAAAAUGAAGGAAGUGAUAGAUGAGGAAUUAAAUGUAAAUCAAAAGGAGGAAAUUCAUGAAUGUCGUGCGUGUUUAAAGAAGAUGGAGAAUAAUGCAAGUACAUGUAACAUAUUUCAAAGCUGGGUUCCACCUUGGACUGGUAUGGAAGCAACAAUAGCCGAAGAUCUGGCGAAAUUAGCGAAUGUUGAGGUAUUUGAAACUGACCUCCAUUCUAAAAUCAUAUGUCAACCGUGUUACUCUAAGUUACUUGAAGCAUCAACCUUUGUUGCCCAAGUUAGGGAUAGUGAUCAAAUACUAAAGCAACGGUAUACUACGGAACUAGAAAAUACAGAGAAAGUGUGGCCGAAACCGAUACAAGUGGAUAAAAAUGUCAAUAGUAAUGUUUAUCAAGAUAUGGAUGUAGAAAUAAAACAGGAAAUUGUUUCGGAUGAUGAGUACUGUCAGGUUCCAACAGAGAAUACAUAUGCACCAGAGAAUAAUGAGUACUGUCCUGUAUCAGCAGAGAAUUCAUAUGCUCCAGAGAAUAAUGAGUACUGUCCGGUAUCAACAGAGAAUUCAUAUGCACCAGAGAAUAAUGAGUACUGUCCGGUAUCAACAGAGAAUUCAUAUGCACCAGAGAAUAAUGAAGCAGCCUUAGGCCAUUUAGAUAUAAAAAUUGAACCUGAAGAGAUUGUUGAACCGCUACCCUUUGUUGAACUCCCACCGUAUGAAGAGGGUGCUCCUUAUGGUGAUCCACCACCCUUAACAAUAACUAUUAAUGGCACUAUGUCCCUUAAAUCACCAAAUGGAGAAAAUAAAACAUUGUUGAAUGGAACGGAUGAUUAUGAAGCAAUUAUUACUGAUAGCACGCAAAACACAGGCCUGGCUAAUGGAAAUGAGAUGAUCAAUUAUGAUGAACAAUAUAUUCAAGCUACGGUAAAAGAAGAGCCACUGAGUGAAGAAGAAGACGACUUAGAACAGUUUCCCGAUCUGUCGCUGGACUGCUUGUUGUGUACAAAGUCUUUCAACAGUGUUACUGGACUUAAGGCGCAUGUGAUAGCCCAACAUUCCUACAAGUCGGUUAAAAGAAAGGUGGCCGGCGUCGAGUCACCGCAAAAGAAACCUAAAGUUGAAUAUCGAUGUCAGAUCUGUAGAAGAGCGUUUGUGACGUCAACCGACCUAAUGGUGCACGAGACUUGUCACAACAAGCAUUCUUGCUACGGGUGCACAAGGAAGUUCGACACAUUCAAACAGUUGUCAAAGCAUCGUAAACGGUGCAAUUUGCCAGUGAAUAAGACUGCCGUCAAACCAAAGACACUUGAUGACGUUAAAAGACCAGUGAAAAACGAAAAACCAAGCUCUUUAGACUUGAGUACUGUAGAGAAAAAGGAAAAGUGCUUAAAUGAUAGCAGUAUGAACUCAAACCUCGAAAUUAAAUCCAGUAAGAACAAGACAAAAACUGUUCAGAGUGAGAUGGAAGAACACAGUAGUGAUACAGAUGAACAUAUGGAAUUGUAA